AUGCCCUCCUAUCCACCGAUUGUCUAUUAUCGGGACACUUUCGGUCUCGAUACAUCCGAUAUGAAACGCUCAGAUUCGAUGACCACAUGCAGUGAUGACAGUAUAACAACGAAAAGCACAGUUCGUGGUCUCAACAUUCACGCAAUCAAUCCAAUGUAUGGAAGUAAUGGAUCUCGAGCAACGAAUAUGACACAGUCAUAUCAUAUUGAGCAAGUGAUUACUGAUCAAGUCCUGUUCACUCACCCCCGUUCACUUCUCAUUCUCACACUCAUCAUGUUUGCCUCAGCUAUUCAACUGUUAAUAUUCUCAGUGAUUUGUGUCUUCUAUGAUGGUUGUCCAUUUUAUAUCAUCCCGAUUGUUGCCGGUAUUCUUUUCAUCAACACACUCAUCAUAUUCUCUUUCCAAAAAUAUUGGCCAACAAGAGGAAUGCUGUACGUUUCUUGUAUCGCCGCAGCUUUGUCAUUUAUCGAAAGUGUGGCACUUUUCUUCUAUUGUGCUUACUUGAUAAACCAGGAAGACAAAUAUAUCGAUCGAUUGGGUCAUCGUCCAAAUCGAAUCGUCGCCUCAACAAGAAUAGCCAUGUACAGUCUACACAUGAUCUUUGCACCAAUACAUGGAGUUGUCUCUCUGGUUUGUGCAAUCUUACUCAUUCGUAACUUGAAAGAACUCAAUGAGAAUAAAGUGACGAGAGCUUAUUUCAUGACCGAACCACAAAUGGGACAUCAGAAAAUCCUUGUUCCAAUCGAGGUGAGACACGUGCGUGAUGUAGACGAUGACUCUCUCGAUGCUGCCUCGAUUGGCGUUCAAACGAGCGGCACCCGAACUCACAUUGUU